AUGAACUUUAUUUAUUUUAUAUUUUAUAUAAUAAUAAUAUAUUUUUUUAUAGAUUUUGUAAAAAAAAAUAUUAAAAAAAAAAAAAAUGAACCCCCAGGACCAUUAUCUCUACCUUUAAUUGGAAACUUACAUCAAUUAACAUUAUUGCCACAUAGGGGGUUAACAAGAUUAGCAGAUAAAUAUAAGGGUAUUUAUAGAAUAUAUUUUGGAGAUAUGUACACAGUGGUGGUCACAGACUUUGAUAUCAUUAAACAAAUGUGGGUAAAUGAUUUUAUAAAAUUUGCAGAUAGACCCAAACCUCGAAGCUGUAAAUCAUGGUCAAAUAAUUUUCAAAAUUUAGGUCUAUCAGAUCUUGAAACGUGGUCUAAAGUUCAUUUAAUUAUAGUAUCAUCUCUAACUAAAACAAAAAUCAUAUCAAAAUCAGCCACUACAAUAGAUGAACAAACUAAAUCACUUUUAUAUUAUAUAAAUGAAAAAUGUAAUGAAACAAGCUCUUUUGGUUCUAAUAAAAAAAUUAUUAAAACAUUUUCAUUAAAUAUAUUGAUGGAGAUAUUAUUUUCAAAAAAAUUAACAAAUAAUGAAAAUCAAAAUGAUGAUGCUACAGAAUUUGUUAAAUCGGUAAAUAGUGUAUUUGAAUAUUUAGGUAAAGGAAAUUUAUCAGAUUUUAUAUCGAUACUAAGACCACUAUAUUAUUUUUCGGGAAAGGGUUUUGAAAGAGAAUUUAAAUAUCUAAUGGAUAUCCUUGAGAAUAUAUACAAUGAACACCUGGUUAAUUUAGAUACUCAUAAUCCAAAUGAUUUAUUCGACCAAUUAAUUAUUGAAACUAAUGGGGAUAAAGAAUUUAUAAAAAAUGUAUCAUUAGAUUUAAUUUUAGCAGGUUCUGACACUAUAACAUGCACUAUUGAAUAUUUCAUUUUAUUUAUGAUUAACAAUCCUGUUAUGCAAGAGCGGUUAUAUAAAGAGCUUUUAGAUACAUUUGGUAACAAUAUAAAAUUUAUUUCUUAUAAUGACACUUUAAAACUACAGUAUUUUAAUGCGUGUCUUAAAGAAACUAUUCGUAUAAAACCACCAGCACCAUUGGGUCUAUUUAGAUACUCACGUCAAGAUUCUUAUGUGGGUAAAAAUAAUGAAUACUUUAUACCAAAGAACACCAUGAUAUUUCAAAAUAUAUUUGGUUUAUAUAAUUCAGAACGUUUUAUUAAAGAUUGUUCUUUGUUUUUACCAGAUAGAUGGAUGAAUAAUAAAAACGAAGAAAAAAAUGAAAAUGAUCAAGAUUUCAAUGAUGACUUAAUGGAAAAAGAAAACAAAGACAAAUACUAUCAAAAACUAGAUAAGCUAUUUAACCCAUUUUCAAUUGGUAAGCGUCGUUGUCCAGGAGAACAAAUUGCCAAAGUAGAAAUUAGUAUUUUUUUAUGCAACCUAUUUUAUAAUUUCAAGAUAUCAAAUCCAAAUGAAAAUGGAAUAAUUGAUGAAAAGGAAUUAUUUUUCAUAACAAUCCGUCCAAAACCUUUUUCAAUGAAGUUUACCAAAAGAAAAUAA